AUGUUGUCAACUAAAGCCCAGACAAAGCUUUGCUCCCCUAAACAAGCAGUCCAGCUCUCCAGGACCCUGACACCACUGCUCCAGGGAUCGUCAAUCGGAUACCACGCUGGCUUGCGGAUCUCCUUUGCCUCAGUUUAUCAGCAUGGAGACUUAAGGCCCUUCUCUACCACUUCCAGCAGGAAUCUCCGCGACAUUUUCCCCGCCAAAGAAACGGAACACAUCCGCCAAACACUCCCGGCUUGGCCUCAUCAUGGCUAUACAGAACAGGAGAUGCUGGAUGUAGUCCCGGCCCAUCGAGAAGUCAAGACCUGGGGGGACUGGACGGCAUGGAAGAUCAUGAGGAUCUGCCGCUGGGGUAUGGACUUUGCCACUGGGAUGGGGAAAGAGCAGAAGGUCGACAAGACGAGCCCUACAACUGCUGUCUCGACCAUCAAGCCCCUGACAGAAUCCCAAUGGCUCGUCCGGUUCUUGUUUCUGGAGUCCAUCGCCGGAGUCCCAGGAAUGGUGGCCGGUAUGCUUCGCCAUCUCCACAGUCUGCGGAGACUGAAGCGUGACAACGGCUGGAUCGAAACCCUGCUGGAAGAAUCAUACAACGAGCGUAUGCAUCUACUUACGUUCAUGCGCAUGGCAGAGCCAGGUUGGUUCAUGAAGCUCAUGAUACUCGGUGCGCAAGGAGUCUACUUCAACUCCCUCUUCAUCUCGUACUUGAUCUCCCCAAAGAUCACUCACCGAUUCGUGGGCUACCUCGAGGAGGAGGCCGUUCACACCUAUACAAUGGCCAUCAAGCAGAUCGAGGAGGGCCACCUACCAAAGUGGACCGACCCGAAGUUCCAGAUCCCCGAGAUCGCCGUCAAGUACUGGCACAUGCCAGAGGGCAAGAGGACGAUGAAGGAUCUCAUCCUUUAUGUGCGUGCCGACGAAGCUUGCCACAGAGGAGUCAACCACACACUGGGCAAUCUCAACCAGAAGGAAGACCCAAACCCGUUCGUGAGCGAAUACAAGAGCGACCGACCGCCACCCCGGCCGGCCGCGAGACCUGAGGGCUACGAACGGGCCGAGGUCAUCUAA